CUUCUCCGAUUGGAUCAUUGUUUUCUGUUAUUUUCUCUCUCUUUGCCGCUGCGGCUGCGGCUUCGGCUUACCCACUCCUCCUAGUCUGGAGCCGCAGAUAACACCUCUAGGAAGAAGAAAAUGGCGAUAUGGGUAUUUGGGUACGGCUCUCUCAUAUGGAAAACCGGCUUCCCUUUCGACGAUCGCGUCGUGGGCUUCAUCAAAGGCUACCGCCGCGUCUUCUACCAAGGAAGUACGGACCACAGAGGGACGCCUGAAUAUCCCGGUAGAACAGUGACAUUGGAGCCUGCAGACGGGGAAGUCUGUUGGGGAGUUGCCUACAAGAUAUCCAAGAAGGAAGAUAAAGAAGCUGCACUGACGCACUUAGAAGUGAGAGAAAAGCAGUACGACCAGAAAGCUUAUCUUGACUUGUUCACUGAUCCUGCUGCUACAACUCCAGCCAUUACUGGGGUAAUGGUGUACAUUGCUUCUGCAGACAAGAAGCAUAACAAUAAUUAUUUGGGGCCUGCAUCUCUUGAAGAGAUUGCCAAGCAAAUUAUUCAUGCUGAAGGCCCCUCAGGACCAAACAGAGAAUACCUUUUCCAACUAGAAAAGGCUCUUCACCAACUAGGUUGUAAAGAUGAACAUGUAAUGGGUCUUGCAAAGGAAGUAAGGCGCAUUCUUUCAGAAAAGGAGUUAACUACCUCAUGAUUCAAAGAGUAAGGGUGAAAGAAAAGAAAUAAAAGAGAGACUGAGAGUUCAAGAGAUAAACCAUGUCUGCCUUGUUUGUUAUUGGGGCAUGGAUAUUGAGAUUGGAUAUGUGGGAUACACCUCAUCCCUAAUUCUAAAACAGUAUAAUUUUUUAACACAGUGGGAAAAACAUUUAGUGCUUCUACAAAACUAACUGUUCUUGAUUACCUAAUCAAAGGCCCUUUCCUCCUUUAUACAGGUGCCUUUUAACAUGACCAU